AUGGUCAAGAACCAUCUAGACUCAAAGGUGCCCAAGAGCUCCUCUUUGAAGUCUCGUGAGUUAGACAUUGUUCGGGGGAAAGGCAAAGGGCCCAUUAUCUUGCUUUAUGGGCCUCCAGGGGUUGGGAAGACCAGCACAGCCGAGACGAUUGCUGCCUAUACAACACCUCCAAGGCCACUCUACCCGAUUACUUGCGGUGAUCUCGGGUCAACCGCCUCUGAGAUCCAGGCACAUUUGCAAGACCAUUUCAAACUUGCCCAUCGCUGGAACUGUGUACUACUACUCCACGAACCUGAUGUAUACCUGGCGGAGAGGAAUCUCCAAGACCUCACCCGAAAUGGUAUCGUGUCUGUAUUCCUUCGAACACUCGAGUACUACUCAGGAAUACUAUUCCUCACCUCCAACCGCGAAGGAUCUAUAGACGAGGCAUUCAAGUCACGCAUUCACGUAGCUCUCCACUACAAGCCCAUCAACCUCGCGGUAAUCCGCAAGAUCUGGUCUAACAUGCUAGCUGGAAUCGAAAAUGACAACCAAGAAUGCCAAGACAGAUGCGCAAUUGAGUUCAACAAGGACGACUUGAUUCAGUGGGCCGAAGACCAUUUCGACAAGCACGAUCGCAAGACUCAUCAUACCAGAUACGGCAUCGACGAUGUGACAGCCACUUGGAACGGGAGGCAGAUUCGCGACGCCUUCCAGACAGCCAUAGCCGAUGAAGAACCCAAAUGGAACAAGAUCAAGCUGACCCCCAAGCACUUCACCAAAGUUGAAGCCGUAGUCGAUGAAUUCCAAUCAUACCUGGAAGGGGUGAGAGGCACAUCGGACGAAGUCCGAGCACGCAAUGAGAAUCUCCGAGAUGAUCGUUGGGGGACACCAUCCGCAGCAGCCAGAUCUGCCUAUCCAACUGCCGCCGACGAGAAGCCAAGGCGAAAAGAGGUAGGAAAGGACAAGGGUCCAGCAUCGGCAGCCACCGAGCGCCGGAGAGAGAAAGCCCCUAUUAUCAGCCUCGACAAGGCAUACGGAGAUGAUGUAGGACGGGAUGGAGGACAAUCUGAGGAUCUCUGCAGCGAUUCGGAAGAUGACGACGACGAUGACGAUGACGAAGAUGAUGACAAAGAGGACGGCGAAGAGGAUGACUCGGAGACCGCUGAGGCUUGA